AUGAAGUCAAUGAAGCCCAACCAAUGGCAUCGGCUCGGCACUUGGACAAAAGACUCUCUGCCAAUGAAAAGGCGCUGUGCUCAAAGCAAAUCUCGAUCUGGGCUUUGUCUCGGCGUCUUAUUGUCCCCCAACGGCAGUUUCGGUAUUUAUACCGGCUGGCAUGGUGUUGAUAGCCGGGGUUUAUUGCUCUGGACAUCAUCGAAUGGUCCAUUCCUCUUUUCGCACUUGCACCUGGCUACUCCGAUCAACAGGCGCACCGGUGCGUAUCAGCAGUUCAACGGAAGGAUAGCAGGUAGUCGAAAUCAGAGAUUCUCCUGA